AUGGCUCGACUCUCUGCGAUGCUUCUCCUCCUGCUUCGAAUUUUUCCACAGACGCUUGGUGCGAGCAUACCACUUCCUUUGGCACGUGGACUGACGAAUGGUAUGGCCGGGCUGCCGACUUCCCUACUCCUUGACGAGACGGCCUUCGGUACAAAUACACGAAGAGAUAGCCAAGAAUGGCCUACAAACAUCAUUUUCUACGCCGGCCCAGAGCUUAUUGCGGGCUUCGUGCCGAAUGACGGUCAAACCUAUGACUUGGGCAAUAUAUUGUGCCUUGCCGCUACCGCCAAUGCAUUGGCCGCUGUAACGACAUUGCUGUUUCUCAAGUUGGAGUUGUGGCAGGAUAUGGGCCAUGCAAAUUGA